AUGCCCAGAAAACUCAACAUGACAACCCCCCAAUCUGCAUCAAAAAAGCAGUCAAAGAAGCUACUCCAGCGGCAGCGAACGCAAUUUGGAGAGCUUGACACCACGCCAACUAGCCGGCACGAGGAAUCACCAAUUCCAUCUGCUCGCCCGAAAAGGCGAGUCAAUGGUAGUGGUGCCAAAAAUACUGACAGAACUACCGCCGCCGACGAGUUUGAGGAUGGAAUUGAUGAUUGUGAUUUGGAAAAGUUUGCUGACACUCAGCCCAACACGAACCCUCAGGUUGACAGAAAGAUCGCUUGGUCCGAAAAGGAUUCAGAAACCCACAGGAGUUCAUCCAUGUCCUCUCACGAGGAGCAGCAUUCUGGCGAAGUUUUCGGAUAUAUUGGGGAAGAUGACCCGUUUUCCAGCCCCGUAUCUGGACGUGAUGCUCUCCCGGACACAUUGCCUCUUCCAAACGUCUAUGGAGACCUGUCAGUAGCAGACGGUCAUGGUCGUUCACCACCGCGUGUGGAUUUCUCUGAAACCGCUUCGACUGUGUAUCGCAGUUCGCCCUUUGGGCGCAGCCAUGCCUCCAAAAAAUCAGGCACGACUUCUCGACCAGCCUCUAUCUACGAGGAGGCGGAAGGUAUUAAUAAUCCUGAUAAACCAAAUGAGCCAAAACAAAGAGCAUCAAAUCGCGGCGUUCUAUUGACACAUGUCGAUGGCCAGCAGCCCAUUUCGCAAAUGGAAAGCACAGCGAAGGACACUUCAAACCAAAAGAGCAGCGACAUGCAAGCAAUACUACCUUCUGCUCCUCUUCCACCCUGUGAUGACAGUAUCGGAGCAGAAAGUGGCAAAACAGGUUGCACUUUAAGAUCAGAGGCGCUUCAAUUCGAUAAUGCACUGACAGAUCUGCUUCAAGAGACUGGUGAGCGUGACACAGAAUCAAACACCCAAUCUUGCGAUCUGAAGCCAAAGAAGAAACGAAAGCAACGGCCCAAGACCCCUAUCCAAUUCGACGAAGAAACUCAAGAGGUCAUUUCCAUGCCCCGUCGCCCAGUACACAACAAGCCACAACGAAAACCCUUGAUCAGAGGCAACAGCAAUCCAAUAGGUGCCGUAGAGAGAGGUCAUAAGAAACGCAAAGUCGACAAUACCAGCGAUGGCAACCCUCGUAAGAGGUUCAAACCCGCAGAGGCAAUUAUAGAACAGGACCUAACUCUCGAUGAUGGCACUGGGACUGCCUACAGCACCACGGAGAGCAGUCUCGUUUCUAAUCAAUCCGUCAAACAGCGGCUUCACGAUAGCGAAGUUACCAGCCUAAGUGAGGAACAAAUACAAGUUCGUCGUCAGAGUGUUCACGACAACGUUCCGACCACAAGCCACGCAGAAGUCGCAAACAGAGUUCACUCCCCGGAACCAGCGCCAGCUGUGAGCUGUCUUCGCCCGCCAGUGUUGUCGAAGACCCACGAUGUACCAAAAUAUGGCGAUUGCAUCGUUGUGGCACAAGAUCUGACCGAAAAUGACAUGCAUUUUGAUACAGACGGUGAUCUUUCUAGUCAUGUCCCGAGCCAAACUCAUGAAGUAGCAUGUGGUGUUGGAGGAGCCGACAACUGCGAGGGAGUUGCCAUAACAUCAGAUCAAGACAAAGACACCGAAUUAGCUGCCGAGAAUUCCGGUAUUCUAGGGAGAGCCAUUGAGGAGCUGAGUGUUGAGAUGCCUCAGACCCGGGUUUUGUCCAGGUCCAGGAGAAGUAACUUAGCCGAUACAAGAGUUGGAGGAAGCUUCAGCGUGAGUGAGGGGGGAAGUCCAAUUCCAUGGCAACAGCAAGAGAAAAUGGUCGACAUGGCAUCGACUAAAGGCUCAAGCGUCGCUUCAUCGGACAUGAAGGUUUCAAAAAUAAACCAUGACUCCGUUGUGGCACAGAAAUGCACUCGGGCAGCCAGAGGAACUCAAACGCAAAUACAUCAACCCGAUAGACAAAUUCCAGCGGAUAAUGAUGCUGAUUUGCCACAGACAACCCUUGUUGUUCAAGUCGGCAAUCACCGCCAAGCACAGGAGUCUGCCAUAUCUGACAUCGCGCGAAAGCCAAGGAAGUGCCACACCAUCAAGAAGGGUGUGCCUCUCGUACAGACUCCUACGGCAUUCGGCGAAGCUCGACAGCAACUUCAUGAAUUAGUUGAUGCUUUCAUAAGACGGGUUGACUCGAAAGUUGAAGAAAUUUGGGCGGUCAAAGACGGUUACAAGAGCGCCGGCAACCGUUGCGUAGAGAAGAUACAUGCGCGCUUCCUGCGCGAGCGCUACACGGCUUUAGACGUUGCUACUGAUCAUACGAAGAGGUUUCAAAGUCUCGUUUCGAAAGGUGUGAAGUCCGUGGAUAAGAACAGCAAGAAAAGAAGCGAGUCGCUGCAGGACCUGAUACAAACGACGUCACACCAAAGGUUGCAAUACGAACAUGCUAUGUCGACUUUGAGUUCUUUGUACGAGCAGCUCAUAGCAGCAACCCGUCCUUGCGACGUGUUGCCGCCAGAUCAUCUUUAA